UAGACAGCGUGUUCCUUCUGCGCAACUGUAUGCGGGCGUUUGGCACAGAAGCCUAUGUCGAGAGAUGGGUGCCUGCAAUGAUGUCCCAUCCCCACGUCCUCCUGAGUACGGUGUUCCUAGUUAGCAACUGGCUUGACAUGCUCGCGGGACUUCCAGGCGACAGCACAAGAACCGGAUUCGUUCGUGCUGAGAUCAUGGGCAUGUGCACCUGUUGGCCGGAGAGAUAUGGAGGUGCGACGAAAGCAUACUGCGGUUUCACGUAUCCGGCAUCGCAAAACUGAUCUCUCUUUGUGGUGGCAUGGUCAAUUUCGAGAAGGCGUACGUCGCAGAACUCUCCGCAUCGUAGGUUUUCCAUCGCUUGACGAGGAUACAAUCUGAUGCCGCUCCCAGGUGUUGUUUUCAAUGCGAUCUUGUCUGCGAAGCCAAGCCACUACCAACACUCAUAUCAUGGCAACCACCGGAUUACACUGCAG